AUGGAGCAGGAACGGGGCGCGGAGUUCUCUACCCGUCCAAAUCUCCAGCUACAAGCCUCCACUUUCUCUACCUACCCGGAGCCAACCCUCUCUCCGUCUUUCAAAGUCGAUGAAGGCUAUUCCGACGAUACACGAAGCCAGUCAGAAAAGGAGCUCAUAAGCGACAAUGUCAUGAUGCUCCCGGACUGGGUCCUCGCCCAGAGCGAGGCAAAUCGAGCUGAACUCGCAUACAGCCUGCUUCGCUCUCUCUCGACGACUGCGCUCGCCGGCGUCGUUGAACGUCUCAAUCCGCUACUCCAUAUGGACCCGGUUGUCAAGCUGCCUCCUGAGUUGACCUUCCAAAUUUUCUCCUACCUCGAACCGCGCACCCUUCUGAACGCAACACUCGCAUCCCGCUCGUGGCGUAGCCGGAUCUUGAACUCGGGACUUUGGCGCGUCCUGUACAUCGAUGAAGGGUGGCGGGUGGAUACAAAAGCAAUUCGUCGUUACGAAUUGGAGCAUUCCGAAGCUCUUUCUCCACAAACUCGCAAGUCGCGUCCUCGCCAUUCCGAAACCGACCUAGGGGAACCGAAGCACAAGAAGCGCGUCCCACCAGAAUGGCUGAACUCGCGCAGCAUUGAAGGCCCAAGUGCUUCCGAUACAAAUGGCCACACAUCCACCCCGGCAGACUAUGAGGGUGACCAUCAUAUGACAGACGCGAAUGACCGCGUAUCGCUGGUCUCAGCCGAAGGCACGGCGGAUGUGCCUACGGCGACCAUACUCCAACUCCCAUCUUUGCUUUCUCCUCCCCUCAAGCCGUCACUUUUGAUGCGCUACCCGGAUGGAACCGCGAGACUAAACUGGAUUUAUCUUUACAAGCAGCGCCGGCGCUUAGAAGCGAACUGGCACCACGGCCGCUACACGAAUUUCCAGCUCCCAGACCCAUCAUAUCCAGAGGAAGCCCACAAGGAAUGCGUUUAUGCAAUCCAGUUCGAGGGCCGCUGGUUAGUCAGUGGCAGUCGCGACCGGACAGUACGGGUCUGGGACCUAGAAACGAAGAGAUUGUGGCAUAAGCCCCUCGUGGGACACUCGAAAUCAGUCCUGUGCCUCCAGUUUGACCCGAGCCCUGAGGAAGACGUGAUUAUCUCCGGAAGCAGUGAUCGUUCGGUGAUCAUAUGGAGCUUUUCAACAGGCCGCAAGAUACACAAAAUUGAAAAUGCGCAUGCUGAUUCGGUCCUAAAUCUCAAAUUCGACCAUCGAUACCUGGUGACUUGCUCGAAAGACCGAACGGUCAAAGUCUGGAAUCGUCGAUAUCUUGUCCCAACACACGAGGACUAUCCCCGCAUCUGCAAAACCGGUGGCGCGACUUAUCCUUCUUAUAUCGUUGACCUUAACGAGAUUGCUCCCAGUGUUCUGGAGGCUUCUCUCGCUAAUGGACAGAUCAAGGGUUUGUCACCAUUUUCCAUGCUCAUGGUGGUUGAAGGUCACGGUGCCGCAGUCAACGCUAUGCAGCUCCACGGGGACGAAAUUGUAACAGCCUCCGGUGACCGCACUAUCAAAGUGUGGAAUAUUCGCACUGGAACAUGCGUAAAGACCCUGAUGGGACAUGAGAAGGGCAUUGCAUGUGUCCAGUUUGAUAGCCGCCGAAUCAUCAGCGGUAGCAAUGACAACACCGUACGGAUAUAUGACCACAUAUCUGGAGCCGAAGUCGCUUGUCUUCGGGGGCACAACAAUCUUGUCCGCACAGUUCAAGCAGGAUUUGGAGAUCCACCCGGCGCCGAUGAAGCCCUCCGGCAAGAGGCCCUUGAGGUUGAGAAUGCAUUUUGGAAGGCUCAACAAGACGGUGAGAAUGCUGACUUGGGCCCGCGCGCCCUGCGACGUGCGGGAUAUCGCACAAACACGGCGGGGUCUCGCGACCCUCGGGAUAUUCCAGCUCUUGGCGCAAAAAUUCCGCCAGGUGGUGGAGGUAGCUCUUGGGGGCGUAUCGUAUCCGGCUCCUACGACGAAUCAAUCCUUAUCUGGCACAAGGAUCGAGAUGGUGCCUGGUCAAUAGGGCAUCGUUUGCGUCAAGCUGAUGCUGUAGCGAAUGCUGUUCGGGCAAACCUCAGCGAAGCUGCAAGAGUGGCCGUUGCGGCCCAGGCCCAACAAUUACAGGCCGCACAAGUUUUGAUGACCCUACCUGUUGCCCGGAAUCCUACCCAAAACACCACCCCUGAAGCCGCAGAUCCAGCUCCUGAGCAGAAUGAGAAUGAUGCUGAACCUGCCGUUAAUGAUGACAAUUCCGAUGCACCUGCCGCCCCCGCGCAACAAGAUAACACUGUUGAUCGAAACGGCGAACCCGCGCCUCCUUUAGACUUACCACUACUUGCUCCUGCUCUCCAUCCACAAGUUCUGAAUCAAGCUGGCCUGCCACACCACAUCAACGGGCGACCCCCACGUCCAGCACACAACCCCCCGACGUCAAGAGUUUUCAAGGUGCAAUUCGACUCUCGCAAGAUUGUUUGUGCCAGUGUGGAUCCUCGCAUAGUUGGCUGGGACUUUGCAUGCGGCGAUGAGGAGAUCGAGGAGGCGUGUCCGUUUUUCCAAGGCCUCUGA